CUCUUUAAUGUUUUAUGUAAAGCACUUUGAAUUGCCAUGUUGCUGAAAUGUACUAUACAAACAAAACUGCCAUGCCUUGCCUAUAACAAACAAUGAAUACUCCAAUACAAAAAUAAAUUAUUUGUGUAGUCAUGAGAGAAUAUAAUGUACCAUAGCAGUAUGCGGACAGAUGGUAACUCACCCCUGCCAGGUCAUUGAUCAUCAGCCUUAGCUAUGGGAGUGUGUGCUGUAGGAAGCCCAGGGAGCAGCACCACAGUCCUCUGUUAAUUGCAGGGGCAGUUAGAUUACCCUCUUACACCCCUCACUGGGCCUUAAUGUUGGGCAUGGGUACCCACUGGCCACCCCAUGUGUUCCCUCAGUAAGCCACAUUAUGCAUUUUUUGGAGAUGAAUGUGUGAUUUUGGUCAGCGGUAAACAGAGGUAUAUUUCCUGUGUAGUUUAGAAAAUCCUUUUUUCAAGCGUGAAUCAAACACACCUUUACAGAGUGGUCUCUUUUUCCUAAGCUCAGCACAUAAGAGACAGAAGAGAAGAAGAGAGGCUAUGACUUUACAAGCUUCAGAUUUUGAUGUGGGGAAAACACUCCUAUGUUUCCUCUUUUCUUGGUCCCUUUGUAGUUCCCUUUGUCUUGUUUCUUUCAGAACAAAGAAUAAGCUGUGGUACUUUGAGUUCGGCACUUCGGAGACCUUUUCGGCCACAUGUAAGAAGCUCCACGACUUUCUGGAGGUUGAGUGCGAUGGUGUCACUCUGGACCUCAGCAGCAUCUCCUUGGAAGGCAUUGCCAUUCUCAACAUUCCCAGCAUGCACGGCGGCUCCAACCUUUGGGGCGAGACCAAGAAGAGGAGGGGUAACCGCAAGGGGGGCAAAAAGAGCCAAGACAAGAGGACACCAGUGCUCGACCCCAAGGAGCUCACGUUUGCAGUUCAAGACCUGUCUGACCAGCUGCUGGAGGUAGUGGGGCUGGAAGGAGCCAUGGAGAUGGGUCAGAUCUACACCGGCCUGAAGAGCGCUGGGAGACGCCUGGCACAGUGCUCCUCCGUUACCAUCAGAACCAGUAAAUCCCUCCCCAUGCAGAUUGAUGGGGAACCUUGGAUGCAGACUCCCUGCACUAUUGAGAUCGUCCACAAGAACCAGGCUCCCAUGUUGAUGGGAGCGCCACAAUGCCGAAGCUUUUUCUCCUCCGUCAUCAGACGAACACGCAGCGAGAGCAAAGACUGAUCGGUUCAAGGCCUUUUCGAGUCCUCACAAGCACCUGGAGAGCAGCGAGCCACAAGUUGAUCAUCACAGCCCGUUAGUGAAGGGGGACUCUUUGACAGCCCAGCGCAAAGUAGCAAACUGUAGGUUCAGUAUGUACCUCCUGCAGGGUGGAGACGUCACUGAGUAGCCCUUAUUUAAUGCAGAAUAAGGUGUGUUAAGGAAUGAUGCUGAAUGAGUCAACAGUGUGUAGAGUAGUUUAGCUCCAAAAAUACUGAGGCUAUUUCGGGAAGUCCAAUUUUAUAAAAGUCUGUUUUUAUUUUUGCUGUUGUGAUCUGUGCCAUGUGGACAAAACCCACAGAUGAAUGUGUUUUUUGGGGAUAUGAUUUAUUUAUUUAUUCAUAUUUUGCUGCUAUUGAUGUUUUUUAACAGAUUUUUGCAUUUGCAUACCCCUGAUGCAUGAUGGACAGUGAAAGAGGUUGCUGAUGUUGAAGCUGACAUAUCUGGAGCUCGCAGACGAUCUUAGCCAAGCGUUUAGUAUGAAGUGAAGUUUCUUUGCUCAGCAUUUCAUCAGCGCUUCACUCAUGAAUGGCUUCACGUUGUGAAAAGACAAAGAAUCACUUUUGCUCUCUUUUAAUGGUUCCUGCAAGUCAUCCUUGUCAUGUUUUUGAUCUGCCGUGUUGCUGUUCCGUCAGUGGAAAGAUUAGGAAUGAUUAUUGACCUUCAUAAAAAAUGCAUGACCCUCUUUGUUUUACGUCGCACGAGAGAUUUCCAGACAGUUUUAAUAAUUGUGCGCACACUUUGUGUUGCAUGAGUGACCAAGAUCGGUUUUGAUACUUGUGGAAAUUGAUUGCUUUUUUUAAUCUAUGUCUAAAUUGCUGCUCGGUUUAACCAUAUCAUACUUUACAAGAUGGCUGCAUUUUUAUGAGAUCCUGUGUUUGUUUGUUUUUUAACAGGUACACAUGUACUUUUAAAGUUUAAAAAAAAAGCAACAGAAAAGAGCCUAGUGUUUGAUCAGACUGUAUGUUGGUACAGUGACUGUAGAGUUGGAUCUUCACAAGAAGCGGUUUGACCUCUGGUCAUUGAUUUGUUCUGAUGUCUACGGUUGAGUGUUUACAGUCCGCUGCGUAUAAAAGCGUGCAUUGACCAAUUAAAGUCUAAAUACAAAAUGACUAUUGACAUUUAUAGUACAAGCUUGAUUUAAAGAAUCAAUACUGAAAAUCAAUCCCAUCCAAUAAUUACAGUUUUCAGAGGCAUUUUACAGCAACUGACGUGCACAUGCCAUCUAUAAAUUAUUUAAUAAUGCACUUUUCAUUCAUUUUAAACUGCUUAUUUCAUUUGAGUGUCCUGUUAUAUGAUAUUAUUCUGGAUGGUAAUGGCAAUGAUUGAGUAGGCUACAUUUCUACAUUUUAAUAGUAUUUAUCUCAUUCAGUCUCACCAAAGACAAAUUUCAAAUUUUGGGUGAUUUUUUACAGAUCUACCAGCGUGACCAACACCUGAUAAAUGUGUUGUUAUUAACUGAAUUGCACGCCUGCUUCAGUCUUUAAAAGUGCCAUACGCCAGUGGAGACUGAGGUCUGAUGAGUCUCCCAUCUCAUUGUUUUGUACGGUGCUGCAUUUGUAGAGUGACGUUGUAUUUUUGUACAUAGUAUUUAUUUAUUUAUUUGUCCGCUUACUGCUUUCACUCUAGAACUCACACCAUGUUGUUCUGUCUAAAAAAAUAUUCUGCCUCCCAAUGUUAACUGGGAAAAGUGAUAUUAGAAAUAAUAAUAAUAAAAAAAAUCUUUUGUUGUUUGA